AUGGAUCACAUGCCAAACGAAAUCCGGCUUGGGAUCGUCCGCCAGCUGCGCGACGAAACCGACAGGAAAGCCCUAAUCGCUGCCUACCCAACGUGGAAUAAGAUCGUCGGACGUGAAGAGAAACUCCGGGUGGUGACCAUCGACGAGAGUAGAUGUUACGGCGUAUCUAUCGAGGACUUUCUCGCCACCCUCGAAGGCACCGGGCUCCGGCGGCGGCAAUUCCUCGAGGAAGUUAGAGUGGAACGUUUCGUGGACGCCGCCGCAUGCUACCAGGCUUGCUGUCCCAUCACAGCGGAGCAGCACCUGAGCUAUUAUCCCCUCGCUCAUUUCAUGCGAGGAUUGGUGGAAGGCAUCGACAGAAUCACAGAAAGGUCGGUCAACGCUGGCCUCGAAACGCCGGCAAUCACCCUUUCACUGCGGGCCGGUGUCAACAAUCUGAAUGGCUGGAAGACAUGCUCCGGUAAUCACGCAGACGAAGAGGUUCUGAGGUGGCUGGCGCGCAAUCAUGACCUAAAGUUCGAGCCACACAACGAAAUCGACCGCUUCGAGUUCAAGGGGGUAGAUGAGUUCCGUUUCAAAAGCCAAGGCCUGUUCCAGCGCACCGAUAUACCGAAGCUCAAGGCUCUGAUUGAGAAGCUGGUUGGUCUGCAUGUGCUCCGUCUCGACUUCAAGGAGGAGUCGUUCUGGUCUCGGUGGCAGAAAGCAUUGUGGCGAUAUGAUAUUAUAUGCGCGAUCACGGGGUUGGACAAGAGACUACCUAUCGAAGAGAUCCACGUCCAUGCGGGCCGUUACUCACCACACAACGAGCUCGAGUGCAUUGACAAUGCCGCUCAACACGGGUUCAACUUCACCCCGAUGACGAUCAGGUUACUAGGGGGUUUCUCCUCCCUCACCGUUCUCCGACUCUCCGGUCAGUUCUACGUGCCCGUCCGCUUCUUCGACAGAUUCAACUUCCCGUCCGGGGUCUUCCCCUCCCUCACCACUUUCUACCUCGGCAUCCAGCCCAACACCGAUUCCCUCUCCUAA